GUUCCGAUCGAUGUUAAUUAAACAAACAAAAUUUCUCUUAUAAAACUUGAGCAACGUAGCAAACAGUUUAUGAUUUGUUCAAUAACGCGAACACAAGCGAUAGAAAUGUUGUCAGGAAUAGGAAUCUGCAUGCUUCUGAUAUUAGGAACAGUUGCCGGAGCUGAUCAGGAUGAAUGUGCCGAAAAGUACAAACUUGUAGAAAAUCAUUCGGCUUGCAAGCCUGCUUCCCCUGAUGCAACGAACUUGGGAGUGUCAGAAGCGGACAAAAAGCUUAUAGUAGAAAUGCACAACAAGGCCAGAAAAGAAGUACAACCAAAAGCAGCCGAUAUGGCGAAAAUGAGUUGGGACGAUUCAAUCGCCAAUAUUGCACAAAGAUGGGUACAAACUUGUGUCUGGGGACAUGAUGGAAAUUCUGCUAGAAAAGACAUUGGUCGGUACGCUGCUGGUCAAAAUAUGGCUUCUAAUCAGGCGAACUGGGAGUCAGCUGUGCAAGGCUGGAUUGAUGAGAAACAGGAUUGGACAUUUGCAAAUAUUACUCAUGACGGGUCGAUGACAAACGUAAUGCACUACACGCAGGUUAUAUGGGCCAACAGCUUUAAGAUCGGAUGUGGCUAUGCUAAAUGUUCGGGCACGAAUAGAUAUGUUUGCAACUAUGGCCCACCCGGGAACUAUAAAGACAAAACACCGUAUACAAAAGGGACGGAAUCAUGUUCUGCUUGCUCAAGUCGCUGUAACGAUACACUGUGUGAUUGUGGCGGAAUUGAUUGUUAUAACACUGCAACUAUAAAGUGGGAUACUUGUUCAUGUACAUGUGGCGCAUAUUCCAACGCGAUUCAACCGAAUUGUGCACUUGACUGUACAGGUGAUAAAAGCUGGCUUUGUAAAGACGAAAAACAGAGAGAAUUUGCAUGCAAGUACUUUCCGGAACUGUGUCCAAACGUGUGCAAAUGGUGCCCGGCUGCUGGUUAACCAAAACAUAAACAGUUACGAUGACACAGAUGGCGUAAACAGUACGAAACACGUGAACUUUCAUGUUUAAUUAAGAAAUAAAAAAUAGUAGCAUGUA